CCCCACCGUCCACCCACAAUGUCACGCCUCGAAAUCAUCUCCCCAGAGGAGGUCAAGAGCCAGAUCGCACAGGGCCUCCCAAUUGUCAUUCACGAUGGAUAUGCCCUGCACCUCGGACAAUGGAUCAACACACAUCCCGGCGGCCGCCUGGCCAUCUUGCACAUGGUUGGCAGAGAUGCAACCGACGAGAUCAAUAUCUACCACUCUACGAAGGCCCUUUUGAUGAUGAAGAAGCAUCGCAUCGGUCGCGUGCAGCUACCGUGGACGAAUCUCGAACCCCCGAUCCGCUCCCCAGAUUUCUACAAGAACCUAGCAGCGCGCGAGAAAAAGGAGGCGGCUGCGAAAGCGGCUGGCCACAAGUCCAGGCGCAGUGUCGACCUCGGAUCUGCGGUGGCGAUUAUCAGCAAGAGAUUAAUACCGCAAGAUGCAUGUGUAUCCCGAACAAACAAGACCGAAUCGGAGAAGCUGCCGCUACUCGAGGUAGAGUCGGAGAAGGGUGCUUUUGACAAGAAAACACACCGCGAACAAUAUGCGACCGAAAUCGAACAGAAGGAGAUUGAGGAGGGGCUGAGGGACAACCCUUCGAUUGAUCCUGCUACACAGGCCGCUAUCCUGGACGACUACCGCGAGCUACACCAGCAAUUCAAAGAUGAAGGGCUCUACCAGUGCCGCUACUCAGAAUACGGCAAGGAGUCGAUACGAUACGGCAUCUUGUUUGCUAUAUUCGGUACAUUGCUUUACUGCAAAUGGUACCUCACAUCUGCCAUGUUCCUGGGCAUGUUCUGGCAACAAAUCAUGUUCACAGCCCACGACGCAGGCCACCGCGGCAUAUCCGGCAACUUCAUCAUCGACACGCUCAUCGGCGCCUUUGUCGCAGACUUCUGCUGCGGCCUGAGCAUUGGCUGGUGGAAGUCGUCACACAACGUCCACCACCUCAUCACCAACAUGCCCGAGCACGACCCAGAUCUCCAGAACAUUCCCCUCUUCUCGACCACUCCAACAUACAUGAAGUCCGUUCUGUCGUCAUUCUACAACUUCGAAUUCAUUUGGGACGCCGGCGCCGACUUCCUCGUCCCCUACCAAAAGUACACGUACUACCCGAUUAUGGCUCUCGCGAGGUUCAACCUGUACAUGCUCAGCUGGUUGCAUCUCUGCUCGCCACGCGCUGCGCAACUGGGUGCCGCAUGGUGGACACGCCCCGUCGAGAUUUUGUUCAUGGCGUGCUACUGGUACAUCUACGGCUACUGCCUCGUCUGGCUCUACCUGCCCACCUGGCCCAUCCGCAUUGGAUUCGUCUUGAUCUCGCAUUUAAUCACCAUGCUCCUCCACGUCCAAAUCACGCUCUCGCAUUGGGGCAUGCCCACGGCCGACCUCGGCCCCACAGAAUCGUUCCCCCAGCGCCAACUCCGCACCACCAUGGAUGUCGAGUGCCCCGCAUGGCUAGACUGGCUACACGGCGGUCUGCAAUUCCAGGCCGUGCACCACCUGUUCCCCCGCGUGCCCCGACACAACUUGAGGCGAGGACAAGUUUUGGUCCGCCAGUUCUCCGAGAAGACAGGCAUCAAGUACCACUGCUACAACUUCUCGCAGGGCAACAAGGUCGUCCUCAGCAGACUAGAGCAGGUUGGCCAGAUGGUCAAGAUCAUGGUUGAUUGCCAGAAGAACAUGGCUGAGACGGGCGAGAGUGGAUUACUGCAUUGAUAGCAUUUCAAGCAAGGCGUUUAAGGAGGCUACAUACAUGGGAGUUUGGAGAAUAAUUGUCGGUUACGUUCUGCGGCAUGGUGCUUUUUGAUCAGAACUAUAUUGCAAAAUAUAGUAGACUACACUUGUAGUCUCCCUUCAUAUGGUAGAAGGUUACAAAUUUACUUCUUAUGGCAAAAUAAAAAUUUGCUAUUAUAUUG